AUGUUCAUUACCGGUAUCCUGAACUCGAUCGUGAUGAAAUGGCAAGAUAUGCAGUGUGUGGAGCAUUGCAAGCCUAACAGCUCGAAGAAGCCUGUGCUGUAUUCGCAGCCUGUGUGGCAGACACUUCAGAUGUUCACCGGUGAGGCUGUGUGCGUGUUGAUGUUUGCUCUGGGUGAAAUGUACCAGCGUUAUCAGGAAGCGCAGGCGCUCAAGGCCUUUGAGGCGGCUGAGAAUGGUGACGGUCCUUUGCUUGCGUCGAAUUCGGCGGCUGGUGGCUACGGGACGAUGAACCAAACCAACCAGAAUGCAUCGAUGAUCAGUGUAGGUCGUGAAUCUAUUUUGGAUCGUCCCUUCUGGCCCACCGCCUUCAAGUUCUUUGUUCCUGCUUCGAUGGACAUUUUCGCCACUACAUUGAUGAACUGUGCCCUUAUUAUUAUGCCUGUUAGUAUUCAUCAGAUGACGCGUGGUGCCCUUGUCAUGUGGGUUGGUCUGUUCAGUGUAAUGUUCUUGCGUCAUCACUUGCGUCUCUACCAAUGGAUGAGCUUGCUUAUGGUUAUGAUGGGUGUGUGUGUUGUUGGCCUGAGCAGUAUUCUGGCUCAGCAGAAGGCCGCUUCUAGUAUUCCCUCUGCCAUUGUCAUGCUGGCUAAUGCGCCGGAGUACUCUGCCGCCAAAACUUUGCUGGGUAUCCUCAUGGUGAUGGGUGCGCAGAUCUUUGCUGCCAUGCAGUUUGUUUGGGAAGAAAAGGUCAUGGAGGAGGACCACGUUGUGGAGCCUCUUCUGGUUGUCGGACUGGAGGGUGUGUUUGGCAUGUUCCAAAUCUUAAUUGCUAUGUGUGUGAUGCACUACUUUUACGGCUCGACGCCCCAGGGAAAGGGUGGCUUCUUUGACAUGUACACUGGUUUCCACCAGACGUUCGGCAUCCCGUCUGUGCGUUUCAGUGCGGUCCUGUGUGCCCUGAGCAUUGCGCUGUACAACUCUUUCGGUCUGAAUGUGACCAAAUUCAUGAGUGCCACAGCCCGCAGCACGAUUGACACGUCUCGUACCCUUGGCAUUUGUGCUGUGAGUCUCUGGCUUGGCUGGGAAGUUCUGCAGCCAGUGUCUGGUACUGUGCAGGCAUUGGGCUUUGCUAUGGUGGCUUACGGUACUUUCGUUUUCAACAAGGUGGUGGCGCCACCUGCUGUACUCCUCCCUGAUGAGGAGCACCCUAUUCCGGGUGAGGAGUAA